GGUGGGAUUCACACAGAGGGAUCUGGCAACCCGUGUCCAAAGGCACGACAUGGCGCUGUACUUGAGAGCGAGAGAACUUUUCAGGAUAAAUGCACGGAAACUAUGUUCUUCUCCUUGUUCUUCUUCUUCUUGUGGAGUGCAGCUCCGCAUCCUGCCGAGCAGCAGCUGUUUCUUUGAUGAAGCAGUUCAGAUUAAGUUGAGCGGUUUGAAUCCUGGACAGCAUGUGGAGCUCCGGGCCAAACACAAGGACGAUAAAGGGGUUGUUUUCAAGGCCAGUGCUGCAUACCAGGCAGACGCGCAUGGAGAGGUGGAUGUGAGCCGGCAGCCGUCCACGGGCGGCUCGUACACGGGGGUGGAGCCGAUGGGCUUGUUCUGGUCCAUGCUGCCAGAAAGCCCUCACAAGAAGCUGCUGAAGAGAGACGCGUCCAGCCCUGUGCUCAUCCACAUCGAGGCUCACAGAGACGGCCAGAUCCUCACUGCAGAGACCAACACCAGGCGCUUCAUGGCUGAUGGAGUGCUCAGAGUCCCUGUAAGAGACGGCAGGUUGCGGGGGACUCUCUUCAUCCCACCUGGUGAAGGUCCAUUCCCUGGAAUUAUAGAUCUGUAUACGUUAGGAGGCACCGUGUGUGAGCCGCGAGCAGCUCUACUGGCAAACAAAGGCUUUGUGGUGUUUGCUCUGGCUUUCUACGGCUACCAGGACAUGCCCAAAACGGUGGAUAAACUCGAUCUGGAGUACUUUGAGGAAGGUGUAACAUUUCUGCAGAUGCAGCCCAAGGUGAAAAAAACUGGAAUAGGAAUAAUAUCAAUCUCAAAAAGUGGAGAUCUGGCUUUGUCAAUGGCCUCCUUCCUUCCCAACAUAUCAGCCACCGUCUGCAUCAACACCUGCAACGCCAACGUCCUGUUCCCUCUCCAUUAUAAAGACGUGGUGAUCCCAAGUUUCGUCGGCAGUACCAAAAGAAUAAGAGUAACAAAAUCUGGCAUCUUGGAUAUCAGAGAUAUCCUGAAUGACCCAAUGGAAGAGGAGAAGGACCGUGCCACGGUCAUCCCUAUCGAGCGUGCCAGCUGUAGAUUCUUGUUCAUAGUGUCAGGAGAUGACAGGAACUGGAACAGUUCCUUUUUUGCGGAGCAAGCUUGCAGCAGGCUCAAAGCACACGGAAAAGCAAACUACGACAUGGUCAGUUAUCCGACAGCAGGGCACUUUAUGGAAGUCCCCUACAUGCCCCAUCACCCGUCUGGACUCCACGCCGCCGUGAGUCAAGUGGUCACUUUUGGAGGAGAACCGAAAGCUCAUGCACACGCACAGGUUGAUGCUUGGAGGAGAGUUCAAGAGUUUCUCAAAACCCACUUGUGAAAACACUUACUGAAAUGUCAUUUUAAAUGUAUAACAAAAACACCUCACUAUAUGAUACAGUGGAUAUAAGAAGUCCACACCCCUGUUAAAAUGCAGGUUUUUGUGAAAAACGAAACCAAGAUAAGUCAUGUCAUAACCUUUUCCGCCCUCAGUGUGAAAUUACAGCAUAUAAAAAUUAAGUGGAAAAACAGUUAGAAACAUUUUAGAGUAAAAUAGAAAAAAUAAAAAAAUUACAAUAACCUGGUUGCAUAAGUGUGCACAUACUUUUAUAAUUGGGGAUGUGGCUGUGUUCAGAAUGAACCAAUCAUAUUCAAUCUCGCGUUCAAAAGUUAUUAUCAUACAUCUGUCAUCAGUGAAAUUAUUCUGAUUAACCCCAAACAAAGACCUGCUAUUUCUGUAAGAUUUUCUUCACAUCAUCUUGGUUUCAUCUGACUUCUGAAGCCAUGGAAGGCAAAGAGCUUACAAAGCAAGCAUGGUAUCUCACUUGUUGAAAGAUAUCAAUCAGGAAAGGGGUAUAAAAGAAUUUCCAAAGCAUUAGAAGUACCCUGGAACACCAUGAAGGCCGUCAUCAGCAAGUGGAGAAAUUUGGGCACCACAAUGACAUCACCAAGAACAGGACGUCCCUCCAAAUUUUAUAAAAGGACAAGACAAAAACGUACCAGGGAGGCUGCCAAGAGACGUACGGCAACAAUAAAGGAGCUGCAGGAAUAGCUGACAAGUACUGAUUAUUCUCUGCAUGUGACAACAAUCUUUCAUAUUCUUCUCAUGUCUGAGCUAUGGGGAAGGGUGACUAGAUGGAAGCCCUUUCUCACAAAAAAAAACAAAAAACAUCCAAGCUCAACUAAAUCACCCUAAACCAUGUGGAAAAAUGUGUUAUGGUCUGAUGAGCCCAAUUCCAAAAGCUAUAAUAAUUCCAUAAUUCCAAACCGUGCAUCAACAAAAGAACACUAUAUCCACAGUGAAGCAUGGUGGUGGCAGCAUCAUGCUUUGGGGCUGCUUUUUCAGCCAGAACUGGGGCUUUUAUCAAGGUGGAGGGAAUCAUAAAUAGCUGCAAAUACCAGCCUAUUUUAGUCCAAUACAUUCAGGUGACUGCUAGUGAGCUGAAUAUGAAAAGGAAUUUUACCUUUCAGGACCACAAUGACCCAAAGAACACGUCCAAAUCAAUAAAGGAAUGGCUUAACCAAAAGAAGAUCAAUGUUUUUGAAUGGCCGAGCCAGAGCGCAGACCUGAAUCCAACUGAAAAUCUGUGCGGUGGCCUGAAGCGAGCUGAGCACAGGAGAUGCCCUCACAAUCUGAUGGAUCUAGGAUGUUUUUUGCAAGAAAGAUUGAGGCAAUAUUGCCAAGUCAAGAUGCGUCACGCUGAGAGCCUCUUAGCCAAAAAGACAUGAGUGGUGUAAUAAAAUCAAGGGGUGCUUCAGCAAAGUAUUAGUUUAGGGGGGUGCACACUUAUGCAACUAGGAUAUUGUAAAAAAUUUUUUUCUUUUUCUUUUUUUUCCCUAAAAAGUUUCUUUCUAAAAAGACUUUUUUUCACUUUAUUUGUAGACUUUGCAAUUUUACAUUAAGGUUGGAAAAGUUCUGACAUGAUUUAUCUUAGUGUCUUUUACUAUCUUUUACUUCAUGAAAACCUGCCAUUUUAACAAGGGUGUGUAGACUUUUUAUAUCCGUUGUAUGUAAGGAAUAAAGCACUCCAUGUCAUGCUAUUAUAGGAAAAUAAUCAGUCACGGGGGGGUGUGAUGACGUGAAGUAACUGUUACCACCCUGAAGUUGUUUAUUUGUCUAUAACAGUAUGUCCUGAAGUGUUUUAUUUCUCUUAUACCACAGCAGUUUCUCAAAGAUUACACUAUUUUACUAAUUACUAUAGAAACUCUAACAUGAUUUGCAGCUGCACUGCUGUCAGAGCUGCUGUCAUUGAAAAUGAAUCAACACCUUCUGACCAAUCAGAAUGCAGAAUUGAGCCAUGCUGUGGUAUAAAUACUGUAUAGAACUCUGAAACAUUAAGCCAACCAUGAAACACUAUGAUUUUAUGGUUAUGACACCUACAGUAUUGCAUUUUUAUCUUUGAGCCUAAUGAACACCAUGUAAAAGGAAUAACUUGUCCUUGCAUUGAGUGUAGCAAAUGGAUUUCUCACUGUUUUGUUUUAAUAAAGAAAAAAAUCUAACAUACUUUUGUCAAUAAUAAAGAUAUUGGUGUUAACCUGCAUAUCUGUGAGUAUCUGUGCUAUAAAAUGUGCAUUUACUUCAUAUCAGUUAAGCUACAGAUUUAGAUCCCUAAUGAAACACUUCCUGAGCCAACACGAGGAAGAAACUUUGAGACUCGAAAGAGAACUGUUCUUAUCUGGCUGACAGCGGAUAGUAAAUUAUUACCGUAUACUGGUGUAGAAGAGUAAAGACAAACAGUACUGAGUGUGUUUACAGGAUGUUCAGUGUGAGCAGAUUGACAUAGUGAAUGAGUCCUGGGAUGAGCAACGAGACAGUGUUCAUGAUUACAGCAGCAGUUCUGUAUAAAUCUCUAGCAUCCAGGUGAAGGUCCAUUCCCUGGAAUUAUAGAUCUGUAUACGUUAGGAGGCACCGUGUGUGAGCCGCGAGCAGCUCUACUGGCAAACAAAGGCUUUGUGGUGUUUGCUCUGGCUUUCUACGGCUACCAGGACAUGCCCAAAACGGUGGAUAAACUCGAUCUGGAGUACUUUGAGGAAGGUGUAACAUUUCUGCAGAUGCAGCCCAAGGU